UCCCAGAGGAUCAUGGGAAACAAUUCUAGCUUAGGGAGCGGAGGGAUUUUCGAAAGAUUUCAGCUUUAUCUACGUUACUUCUUGAGAUGCCACUGGAACAUAGGAUGUUCAUAGCAGUUUCAUACGGGUUUAGUCGUCUUUUUUGAAAGAGUCAUUAGGAAAAAGAGAUGGAGCUGAAGUUGGAGGUUGUUUUGUCAUCUAGCAUCAAACGGAAGAAACCAUGGCCGAGAUUCUGCUGGCUUGGACAGGAAAAGGAGUCUGUUUUCCUGUUAGAUGACAAACGGAUCAGUGAGAUCAACAUGAUGUCUGGUCGUACCAAGAAAAAGAUGCCUAAACUACAUCCUUUGCUCAGCAGUGUGGUGAAAAUGACUUCUUCUCACAAUGGGAUGUGGCUGUGUGGACUUUUGGUGUCAGGAGAAUUGUUUUUGUGGAACAGAGAUAAAGAUUUACUGAAGACUGCAACAGCAGUGCCAGAAGUAGUUCAGAUAAUCAACUCUGCUCAAGGAAAUCCUCUAAAGCUGUGUCUUCAGGUUUCAUGCGAUGGGAUGAGGGUUCUUCUGGCUGUCAUUACUGGGCAGGUGUUCCUGUGGGAGUGCACAGAGGGGAGGGGUUUUCCAGGCGUGCGAGAUGGCGCUGUCAAAGGGCGGUGGGCUCAUUUACUGCCGCUUGAAGAAACCAUUUUGCCGUCUUCAAAUGAUAAAGAAGCAUCCCAGCACACCAUCUUUGUAAAGACAGAGAUUAUGGCUGACAUUUGCUUAUCAGCAUUUGUUUUCACCUCUGGGAAGCAGCUUGUUGUCACUAUUCUAAAAAUUCAGUGGAGCCAAGGUCGUAUGAUGGUUGGUUCUGUUGGUUACAAUAUACAGUGGGCUAGUAAGACAUAUCCCAUGUCUCAGCUGUGCCCACCCUGCCAGUCAGUGAAGUCCAGAGGGGCCUUGGUGCCAGCGUUUUCUCCAGAUGGACGCCUGUUGGCCAUCGUACUGAACCAGAGGAAACCAAAGGACACACAGGUCCUUUUUGUGAGCACACAGAAUUUUGUUUCAAUCUCAAGUGACCUGGGAGGAUGUGGAAGUAAGAAGCUGGAUAUCCCAUCAAAAUAUGUCAGGUCCUACUGGGUCAGCAGUGUCAGCUGGUCAGCAGAAGGCCUGUUCUUUGCCUGCGUCUUGAAAAGGGGCUCCCUCUUGGUGUUGGCUCGCCUGGGUGGGCUUCUCACCCUGACAAGCUCUGGUUGCAAUGUGGAUUUUGGUCCUGCACACUUCCUGCCCCUGCAUCCGCUGGUCACUUACCGACCACCGCUGUCUGCAGAGAAUAGAGAAGCUUCUCUUUCCAGCUCCAGCUUGUCUGUGCGCGACCUCCUGAGGCAGCGGUUUUCUGUCACCUGGCAUCCACGGCUUCCAUAUCUCAUUGUGUCCGAUGGCUACAUGGCUACAGUUAUGAAGGUGCAGGACAAACUUUCGCCUGCCCUGUUCCUGAAGGCACUUCUAAAAGAAACCUAUGCAGAUCUUGAGAAAACCAGCUGCAAAUUAGAAAAAUCCCAGGUUCAUGUGAAGGUUUGGCUAGAGUCUGUGUCUUGGUUUAAUUCAGACAGCAGCCUUGAGGAGGUCAGUGCUACUGCUACAUGUCAGCCCAAAGCGUCAGACUCCACUAAUUCUGCAGCAGCAGAUCCAACCAGGCUGCCGCUUUUCCUUCAGGACCAGCAGACUCUGGGUAGCACCAAGGAGCUUCUUGAGAACAUGCAGGCUCUCUUUGAAGAAGACUCCGAUUUAGAAGGACUUCCUGCUGGUUCUCGUGGGCAGGACGGAGGCCGAUUGGAGUUUGCCUCCAUGUUUGACACUCUCCAUGCUGUGGACACUCACAGUGAAUUUGGAGUUGAUUCAAAUUACAAGAGACAACCAGAGAAGAAGAAUCGUCUUUGCUCUGAGCUGGGGAAGAUUCAGAGGAAGCUUCUCACUGCUUGGGCUUUUGCCAUGUCCAUAGGAGAUGCAGUUGAACACAGAGUUGCUCUUCUGAAGCAUACACUGUGCUGCGUGGUUUGGUUUGCUGCUCUGCUCCACUUGGUCCCCCCAAGAGAAAAAAAUAGCCCUAUUUUUGGAAGGUUGAUCCACCUCAUAAAAGCUCUCCUCUCAUUCCUUUAUUGGGACGGCUCUUCCUCAGGUGGACAGCACUGCUUGGGACUGAUGGUGGAGUUCAGUGAACGGAUAGUGCGCCUUCUGCUGACCCCUCAGCCCGAUGUCCGUCUGACUGGCCACUCCCUUUUAUCAUCUCAAAGUUUGUCCAGAAUAAUGCAGAUCUUACGCCUGAUCUCAGAUUCUCUUGACCAGACUUACAUCUUAGAGCAGAAAACUUUCUGGUCUUCUGAGGAGGAGUUUUUAUCUUCUCAGCUGCACCUGUGGUGUUCAGAUGUUCACCAUGUUCCUCUGCUGCAGGAGGGGAAUGCAGACCCAUCUGCCUUAGAACAUCAAGCAUUACCAGUUCCUCAGCGGCCUUCAAGCAGAUUGUUGGGAGUAUGGCAGCUUGUGUAUGAUGUAGCUCAGCAGUAUGCAGAGGAGCUGAAGAGGUUUAAAGACUGUGAUGGUUUGGAAGAAGAGGAGCAAAAGCUGUCUGUCAUCACAUCCCAGAUUCAGACCGCUCUGCAGGCAACAGGAGAAAAUCUGGAAGAGGGUCGAUCACUCCUGAGUUACCAAGGUGAGCAACUUUUCCUCUGCGGCUUGUACUCUCAAAGCUCCCAGAUGUUACGGUUACAGAUCUGUCAAGAGGCCAGCAAAGGCAGAAACCGUAGUGUCUUCCAGGAGACGCGCCUUUGUCUGGCGCUCCUGUAUAGUCUGUUAUCUCAGUACCAGCUCAGGGAAGCCCAGGAGUUCGGGGACCACAUGGCUCAACUGAUUUUGUUCAGAGCUGGAAACCAGACUGACAACUUCACUAGCAUUUCAGAUCCUCUUCCUUGCCCCUGGUUGCCAAUUGAUCUUCCCAGUGAUGCCGCCUGUGCAGUAAUUCAGGCCCUCGGACGAUUCAUGGCCGCUUACUUCACCAACCAGCCGCUCUUCAUUCUGCCGGCUCAUAAUGUGGCUAUCCUGCCUCCACUACACCUACCCCUCGCCUCGAACAUCGGUCGUUUGGUGUCCCUGUGCCAAGAAGAAGUGGCUAAAGCAGUCCGACAGCAACACCUGUCGGAGGUUUGGACGGUGGACUAUGCUCAGGACUUGCUUCUGCUGGGAGGUCUCCUGCCUGAGGCUGUGUGGUUGGCGUCUCAUCUGGGCGACUGGAAAACUGCAGUGACUCUAAGCUUGGCAUACACCACUUACUGCGCAAAACAUUUUGACUUUACUGGGAUCAGAAGGAGAGAUUUUCUCCUGCCAGCAGAGUUACAGCCAGAAAGCAUUUUUCAGUCUGAGCUGAGGGAUCUUCUUGGCAGCAAAACCAAUUCACGAGAGUGGACAGAUAAAGACCGGAAUGACAGCUUUACAGAUCCGAUGGAAGGAGAAGACUGGGAGGUUUUACAGGCUUCUGUGCACGAAAUUCUGAAAGCUUCAGCCAUGGCAGGAGUGAAUGUCAUGUCAUUUCCUUUGUCGACCUUGCUGGACAAGGUUAAAGACAUGUGCUUGUUAAUGCCUACAUUGGUACCCGAUGAAGUGUACCUACCUUCGCCACCUCUGUAUUGCCCACAGCCUUCUCCAAACACACAGGACCAAAUGUGUGAAAUGGGGCCAUUUAUGGAACUUGUUAGUCGUCACAAAGUCUCUGGAAUUCUCCAAAGAUUACUCUUGCUUCUGAAAUCUGCCCAUUGUUGCCGUCCUGCUGCACAAUGGUACGUCAGGUGCCUGCGGCGUGCUAGACACAUCCUGCACAAGAUCAAGAAGAAGUAUUCCUACCCAUCAGCUGCUCAGGAGGAGAAAACUUUUCCUGAGGGACUGAUGAAGUUGAUUAGCCAUUCUGGAUUCUUCAGACGGGACUCUAAUAAAGACCUGGAUCCUGAUACCAUCCAAACAAUCAUUUGUUUCAGAGAGCUUUGUGCUUUAUGCUGGAUGCUUCAUGUCAGGGAUCAGCUCUCCCUUCACUGCAGGAAGUAUCAGGCUGCCAGACAACGUGACGGAGAGGAAGCGAUCCCAGAGGAUUCACCAGGAAAUUCAGCCAAUGUUACCGCUCUUCACUGGGCUUGUCGUCUUCUGCCUUUCUCUCACUUCCUCAGUGAGGAGGAGGUCCUUCAGGACAUAAUACUCAGUCUUCUGUCAGAACUACCUCCUGUCUCCUUGGUGGCAGACACGCUGGUACGAGCCUUUCCCCAGGAGGACGAGUCGGUCAGGGUGUCUUUAAGAGAGAAGUACAAGUUACUCCUGCAGAGACUUGGCCAGUGCAACCUUCUCGGAGAAGGGGGAGAAGACGGUGAAGAGUUGAUGAUGAUUUUUAUUCAAGAUAGAAAAAGGCACAGGAGGAAACAUUUGGCGCGAUUGCAGAGGCACUUGGCCCCCCCUGUGCUCCAUCUGUGGGAGAAAGUAGAGGAAGAGGAGGACAGAGGGGCACGAACUGACACGGCCACAACAGGGCAGCUGUCCCUGGGGACAACUGUGGGCACCAGCACUGUGACCGAGUUUAACCAGCCAGUGUGCAGCGACGCAGACACAGCAGUGAAUACAUUUGAGACCAUCUCCACGAAACAGCACCGUGCAGCCGUGAGCAGAAGCAAGAAAGAUAGACAGAAGAUGACAUCUAAGACGGACAGUGUCCUUAAAGAAAACACCAAUAUAAGUGGAGAGAGAGAAAAGGAGCAGCUUCCUUUGCCAGCGGUCGGCUCCUGGGAGUUUGAGCUGGAAGACGAGGAAUAUCUAAAUUUCCUGGAGCUUUUCCUUGGCUAUGUCCUAGAGAAGGACGCUGCUGAUGGGAUGGACUGUGGCGAUGAGAUCCCUUUGCUGAAAGGCUUCUGCUCUCAAGUACGGGAGAAGGAGUUGCAUUCUCUAACAUUUGAUGUAGUCUCAAGUAUACAUCGUCGUCAAAGAGGCGGGCACCUUCUAGAGAGGAAACAUUUGGGGAAGCCCCCAUCGGUGUUCAGAGCAGGCUGUUGCUACAAACCUAUGAAACAAGACGUGAUACCUGAACCGCAGACGUCUUCCGUUUGGAGUGAAGCUCCCGUUUUCGGGAGCAGCCUUUCUGUCGGGCGGGGAACCGAGAAACAGAAAGGUUUGUUCAGCCACCGGCAACAUUCAGCAAGACUAAAGGAAGCCAGUGUUGGCUCUGAAACCAGUUUUAUCCAGAAUGCCUUGAUCACGGAAAACCCCUCCCCUGGCUUCUCAUCGUCUGUUGAAGCUGUGACUGACUUACAGCAGGGCCUGGAUCCGGAGUUAGAGGCCCGGUUUCCAGAGCUGGGCAGGUUGCUGGAGUGGAUGGUGCGUUGGGCCGAUAGAAGGAUACUGUUGGGGCAUCAUGGUAACAAGAAGAAAGACAUGGCAGACAAACAAAAUGAUGGAGUUGUGAUUCGUGUAAAAACCGCAGCACCUGCUAUCCUUACCUCUUUAAGUUUGUUGGAGCACAGGUAUGCUGCUCAACCCCAAACUGAGCGCUACACCUCCUACAGCCAAGUUCCUGAAAUGCAGUGGGCUGUUCCCCUUGUGCUGCAUUCGGUCGUUGAACGGAAGACGGAGAGAGAGAGCAGCGUUGAUACUGGUUACCCUGGAUCCACUAACACUCCUAUCAUUGGUCCGGAUCAUAAUCUGCAGCGAGGAGAGACUACUCCCUCUGUCUCAGAGGAACAAAAGGAGCUAAUGUUUCCAGCUGGUGAGGUUCAGUUCAGCUUUGAUUCUCGACAGAGAGAGCCACAUUCCCCACAGCAGACCUUUGAUGACUUGGAUGUUACACCUGAAAGAGAAGAAAGAAACGGAAACAGCAAGAGCGUCGAAGUGUUACUUUCUGAUUCCGUUCAGGAUACCUCUAAAGAUGUCUGCUCACCUGAAAUGAGUUUAAAGCUUGAAGACCUCGACCACUCAGUGUCUGGUUCAUCGUGUCAAUAUCCUCCUGUUAGUUCAGAACCUGCUCCUAAACCUCCUCCUCCUGCAGAAUCUUCUGAUUUGGGUGGCGUUCCGCUCCCCAACCCUGCUGCUAAUCAGCCACAAAUCUCCACAGCUGGGGCGCCCCCUGCUGAUUCUUCAACCUCUACUCUGCCUUUGAUAACUUCCACAAUGAGACAGCGUCUGGGUGAAGACUUAUUCAGAUUAGUUCAGCACAUCAACUACAUGAGUCUGAAUGAGGUUUUAGGAGCUACAUUUUCCAGUCUCCAGAUGGCCCAGCAGAAUUCCUUACAGCUUAAUAUGAAUUUAUCUUCUGCUGCUAGAAUAAACCCUGAGCCAAAUGCUUUUCCAGUUCAAACUUCUUCCACUGCUAUGCCACAGACACAGACCUCUGUGCCAAAACCAGAAUCUAAUGAACCCCAGUUGAAUCAAAUUGGGUCAUAUCAUUUUGCAGCCCAGCCGGUCCUGCAAGGAACAGGACUCGGUCUGCAUCACAUCAACCAAAGCCAACUCACCAGAACCAAUAGUGAGAUGCAGCCCCUCUCUGUCCAAGCAGAGUCACCACAAACUCAGCAAAUGGGGAAGAAGAGACUGAUCCCGUCUUCAGACGGUCUCCUGGCCACGACUGAUAGGAGUCACACUGUUCAACACCAACCGUACAACAGCAGUGUACACACUGGCUCUGCUGGGUCGGGUCUGAAGUUACUUAAACUCCAUCACUUUGCUAUGGCAGAGUACAGUGCCCGACAUUAUGCCGCUCAACAUGCACAGGCUCCUCACACGGCAAACCUUAAGUCCAAUCAGCCCAAGGCCACACACUAUGAUCAAUCCACUUGGAAAAAGAAAGGUGGAGAGCAAAGAAAUGGGUUUUCUGUUCAAACUAAGCAUCUCCUAUUUUAUCCUGCGCACGAUCCAGGACAGUUCUUCGGUAAAGCGUUCCCUCUACAUCCUGCUGCUUUUGCCACUCAAAAACCUGCACCAAUGCAGGGCCUUCGUCUGUUGCAGUUACGGGAUACUCCACCUAGCAGCUUUAACUUCCCUAAACUAAUUAGAGCAAUACCUGCUGUUAUUUCAACUCCAAUGACAGAAGUUCCAAUAAUUAAGCUUUUACACACUGAGUCUGGACUCAAAAUGAUGGCACCCCGGAAUAUUCCUUCAAAACAAAAGGCUCGCCUUACGAUGGAGUUGACUGCUACAAAAACAUUGAGACAGGAUCAGCUGCAGAUAUCAAGACCAGAUCACUCUGAUGAAGGCAAUAGAAAUCUAACCAGCACCCCCUGCUUGAGUUCAACUAGAAGGCAGAAGAGAAGAGAGGAAAAGCGAAUGAACUUAGAAGUCUCAUUUCGUCCAAAUGACUCCAUCAUCCCAGCAAAAGAGGCAGCACAAGUCCUUGAAAGUGAAGAUGCUACAGUUGCUGAAGAGAUCAAACCUGCACAGGAUGUGACAGGCUCCUCUUACCAUUUGCUGACCGGUCAGAGAUUAUUAGAUAAAGUUUUCUCCACUUCCGCCGAGCUCCAUGCCUUCGCUUCCACAAGUAAACGCCCUCCGGAGUGCCACGAUGCUUUCACCAACACAGAGCCAGCUGUUACUCCCACACUUGAGAGCAAAUCUAUUUCUGUCCAGACAUCUGCAAUGACUAGCAGCCCAAAAGCGCAAAGUCCAUGCAAUUUCCCAGAAGCUCCUGUUCAACUGGAGAACCAGCAGAAAUCAGAGACGUUUCUGGGUCUUGGUGGACGCCAGUUCAUAAGUGUCUUGGAUCUGGAAGAUGUGAGGCAGUCUGAAGAUUUGCUGCCGUGUCCUGGCUCAGAAGCAGCAGAUAUUUCUUCUUCACCAACUUCUGCUCAGCUCCAUGUUCUUGCCACCUCUGUCAUCAGCUCAGCUGCUGAAGCUGAGGCACAAUCCUCAACUCCAGUCACAAACAAUCUUCAGGAACCCAAAACUACCGCAGAAGUCCUUGAGGUGUCUCUUUCAUUCAGUUCCUCCGAGCCCGCUAGAGUUGCAGAGAAAGUCACCUUACAAGAUGAUGCGUUGGAGGAUUCAUCUGCAUCUGAAAUCUGUCGAGUCAUAAAGGCGCAGAGCCUCGUCCGUGACAGAGCUCCUUCAGCGUCUGCCACAGCCUGGUUCUCCUCCCGCCUGUCAGAGAUGGACUCUCAGUUGGCCGCUUUGCAGAACAUUGCAGAUAAUCUUGACUAGAUUUUUCUUAAACAUUUAUAAAUCCAAUUUACACUAUUUUUAUUAUUAUUCCCAACAGCUCCGGAUCCAGACCCUUUACAUGCAUUGAAGAAAUGCGAUGAGAUCAAAGAGCAGGAAGAGGAACAUGUGCUUCAUGACGACUCCGGGAGUUCUGCAAUAAAACCGUCACGUCACUAUUCAACCUCUCCUUUCAGUCAGAGUAGUGGUCCAUCCUAUCUUCAAGCUCCAGGAAAAAAAGAGCACUUCCAUGAAACCUACGAUAUAUCUAAUGAAGGGGCAGAUGGGACUCUGAGUCAGACUGGGUUAUCCGACACUAUGGAAAUCUUAGACGACUUGGUCAAGGAAGGCUACUUAUCUCCCUCUGACUGGGAUUUGGAUCGCUCUCAGACUUCACACCAGAACAGGAGGCAGGACCAGAGGGAACAUACCUGGACAUUAGAGAAAAAGAUGCUUCCUGAGGAGGAGAGGAAGGAGCUGGAAGGAGCUGGAAGGAAGCAGGACCAGAGGGAACAUCCCUGGACAUUAGAGAAAAAGAUGCUUCCUGAGGAGGAGAGGAAGGAGCUGGAAGGAGCCGUCAGGAGGCAGAAUCAGAGGGAACAUAGCUGGGCAUUACAGAGAAGGAGUCUUCCUGUGGAGAAGAGGAAGGAGCAAGAAGGAACCAUGAGGAGGCAGGACCAGAGGGAACAUAGCGGGGCAUUAGAGAAAAGGAGUCUUCCUGUGGAGAAGAGGAAGGAGCUAGAAGGAGCCAUGAGGAGGCAGGACCAGAGGGAACAUAGCUGGGCAUUAGAGAAAAGGAGUCUUCCUGUGGAGAAGAGGAAGGAGCUAGAAGGAGCCAUGAAGAGGCAGGACCAGAGGGAACAUAGCAGGGCAUUAGAGAAAAGAUAGAAAAGGAGUCUUCCUGCAGAGGAGAGAAAGGAGCUGGAAGGAACCAUGAGGAGGCAGGACCAGAGGGAACAUAGCUGGGCAUCAGAGAAAAGGAGUCUUCCUGUGGAGAAGAGGAAGGAGCUAGAAGGAGCCAUGAAGAGGCAGGACCAGAGGGAACAUAGCUGGGCAUUAGAGAAAAGGAGUCUUCCUGCAGAGGAGAGAAAGGAGCUGGAAGGAACCAUGAGGAGGCAGGACCAGAGGGAACAUAGCUGGGCAUUAGAGAAAAGGAGUCUUCCUGUGGAGAAGAGGAAGGAGCUAGAAGGAGCCAUGAAGAGGCAGGACCAGAGGGAACAUAGCUGGGCAUUAGAGAAAAGGAGUCUUCCUGUGGAGAAGAGGAAGGAGCUAGAAGGAGCCAUGAAGAGGCAGGACCAGAGGGAACAUAGCUGGGCAUUAGAGAAAAGGAGUCUUCCUGCAGAGGAGAGAAAGGAGCUUGAAGGACCCAUGAGGAGGCAGGACCAGAGGGAACAUAGCUGGGCAUUAGAGAAAAGGAGUCUUCCUGUGGAGAAGAGGAAGGAGCUAGAAGGAGCCAUGAAGAGGCAGGACCAGAGGGAACAUAGCUGGGCAUUACAGAAAAGGAUGCAUCCUGAGGAGGAGAGAAAGGAGCCGGAAGGAGCCGUCAGGAGGCAGAACCAGAACGAAUAUAGUUGGACAUUAGAGAAAAGGAGGCUUCCUGCGGAGGAGAGGAAGGAGCUGAGGAUUUGGAUGAGACGGAAACAAAGGGAAAGACAGACUGCUUAUAAAAAGCACAGACAGAGCCUGAGGGACAGGGAGCGUAAACCAUUCUGUGGCUCUUCAGUAGAGCAUUUUGCAAACAGAAAAACAGCAAGUUUUUGGGGUAGCAGAGAGGAAAAAGAAAAGUUCAUGCUUCUUAAUCAGUACUUUCGAAGAACAGAAGAGGCUUGCCAUUUGGCCAAUGACUUUCUCACUUCUCGUGAUACCGGGUCAAGUUCCUCCCAGACUUGUGAAGGUCCAUUUCUCUACAGCCCCUGGUUGAGUUCGAAUCCACCUCUUGGCCACCCUUUUAGGCCUCUCAACGUACCAGCCACUGAUGAAAAAAGUCCCACAUCUCAGACAGGAAGUCCCUCUUCUCAGUUAUGUUUUUCUGCAGACAGUGAAUAUUCACGUGAUCUCAGCAGAAGACUGAUACGUCGUCGACCAGUCAUUUUUUUUCCACCGGAAGAGCUGUCUCAGGUAGCGAGUGAUGGUAUGCCCAGCAACACCGAGAGCCAAUGCAAGCUCUACACAGCCAGCGAUAGUCAGGCACAGCAAGUAGGAUUACAGAAAAAAACUGGGUUCAACAACAGAUUAUCAAGUGGAGCUGCUUCACAAAGAGGGAACCUGAAGGAACACAGACAAGUGAAGGAGCCUGAAGCGAGGAAGCAUUCAGAAUUUACCAGACCGGAGGCUGUGGAGGAUUCUGUCUCGGUGGCGGGGAUUUUACGUGGGGAGGACGGUGCUGUCGCAGAUGGCGUUUCAGAGAUGGACUGGCUGGAUAAUCUCUCUGACAGCGCAGGAAGCAGCCUAAGCAGAAUAGACUGGACUGCCAUUGAAAGGAUGGUGGCUGAAUAAGAUAGUUAAUGUUAAUAAUAAUAAUAAUUGUUAGAAAAAACAACUGUUCAGUAAAAUAGGUUGUAAGGUACCACAAGUGCCCAAUGGAUACAUUGUAUAAACUGAAAUAUAAAUUGGUAGAUUUUUUUCUUAAAAACUUUUUUUAGUCUGAUAUUUGUUCCUAUUUAUAUUUGUAAUGUCUUCAGGUGGUAUUUUAUAUUUCUAUAUUCAUAGCCUCCUUGACUGUUUUAAACAGCUUCUUGUAUUUUCACUUUAAACCUGUGAUUUAAAUAAAGUACUUUAAUGAUAAGCCC